CACUACACGAGCGAAACUACGGAUUCCCAAGUUGCUUCCCAAAUUGCUUACUCUCUCUCUCUCUCUCUCUCUCGUUCCCAUGGCGGUGCUCUCCAGAACCAGAUCCGGCGGGCCGAUUCUCUCCGGCGGCGACGACUCCCUCCGGCGAUCGUCCACCCCCACCACGCGGGCGCCGUCGCCGCCGCCGUUCGCCUCCUCCUCCGCGUCGGCGUUCGCGUCGUCGUCCUCCGCCGGCGCCGCGAGCUUCGUCUCGAGCUCCUCCGGCGCGAGCUUCUUCCGCCGCCCCGUCUCCCCCACCCGCAUCCACCUCCUCGUCCCCCCGCGAUCGGCCCCCCACCCCGCCCGCUCCGUCUCCGUCGCCGAUCGCCACCUCAACCGCCGCCGCGGAGGAGGCGACGGAGCCGGCGCCGCCCAUCCGAAGACGUGCCUGUGCUCGCCGACGACGCACCCGGGAUCCUUCCGCUGCAGCCUCCACAAGGGCUACGCCGCCCCCCCCCACGGCGGCGGCGGCGGAGGGCGCGGCGGGUCCGUAUCGGCCCAGCUCAACAUGCGAAGGUCGGCGAUGGCGAACUCCCUGGUCCGGAUCGGGGCCGUGGAGGGCGAGUGGGUGCGCCGGGCCCUCACCGCGCCCAUCCGCCCCUCGUCCCAUCAGCUGCGGCGCCGCGCCGCUUACCAGCCGCGGCCGAGCCGCCUCUCCACCAUGUCCGCCGCCGAAGGCGCCGACCUUUGAAACCCUGAACCCUAAUUCUCUCUCGUACCAGGUGCGUGGACAUAGAGAUCGCGAGCCGUAGUGUUUUUUUUUUUUGCCCCGAAUCAUAGGGUUUAGAUCUGUAAAAAAAGAAAAGAGAAGAGGUUUUUAACUCCUCUUUCUUUCUAUCGUGGAUUCGAGAGGUGUUGUAGAAUGAGUUCUUUUUGUAAAUAUGGCUCCUUUUUGUGUGCUAAAAAAAUAUGUAUAUAUUGAGAACUCUUUUUGAGUGUGAAUUUUAGUACUUUGUACUUCACUUGUUCA